GUGGAUAGAAUGGUUGUUCACACAACAUGAUGAUUCAAUAGCACUAUUUGAUGAAAGAAAGAGGCAAUGCCAACAAUUUUUGUGCAUGUAGGAUUCAGAAUUGAAACAAAGUUCGAAAUUAAAGACAGAUAGACAUAGAAUGUGGAAAUUUAUGAGCUAAAGAGGAGACAGGGUUCAGGAAGAGCAACAACCUGGUAUGGUAAUGCAAGCGACCAUGUUUCAUGUUUCUGCGAUUGUGCUCAAUCCUCAACCUCACACUUUCCUCUUUCCCUUACCCGUUUCCACCUCCCGCAACUUCAAACUGUCACAAACUCUCCACUUCCCCAGAAACUCUAUUCUCCGCUCUCUCUCGCCGUCGCUGCACCCAACUCCCCAAUACGACGAUUCCGAAGAACACGUCAUCGGCGACUGCAUCGUAUUCGAGGAAGGCGUUUUCGAUGACCCCCUUUUCCACAGCUCCGACACUCUCACCGUCGAUAAGCCCAAGCCCAAGCCCAAGCCCGGUUGGAGGAAAAAGGUGGAGGAGAACGUGGGCGAGAAUUUGGUUCCGGGUAAAUGGCGAGAGGUUCAGGCGGAGAUAAACAUCACGAAGAGGGAUAGGCGCAAGAUAGCGCGGGAAAUGGAGUUCAACAGCAAGGUUGAAAAGAAGAGAAGGGGGUUGAUUCCCCUUAGGGAUAUGAACUUGGAUGAGUAUAAGGCUUAUAAGGAGGCCAAACUGGCGCAGAUGAAGUUUCUCGAUAACGCUUCUAGUUCUCCGGUGAAAGAAGAGGUUCCUCAACCUGAACCUGAAUUGAAUCGUGGUGAAGAGGGCCACCCUGAACCUGAAUUGGAUCGUGGUGAAGAGGGCCACCCUGAACCUGAAUUGAACGGAGGCGAACGUGUGGAGCCCAAGAAUCCUAGAUGGCUUGUUUAUGGAAGGGGUUUCGAGGAUGUCACUGAGUUUUUCAAUAGUGAAAACUAUGACCCUGACGCUAAAACCCUUCAAGGUAAGCGGAAGCUGUUUACCAAGGAGGAGAAGCUUUUAUUGAAUAAGCGGGUGCCAGACUUGGAAACUGCUACUUCAGAUAAAUGGCUUCCUCUGCACACAUUUGCUGCAUGUGGAGAAUGCUUCCUUUUAGAUUCUUUGUUGAAGCAUAAUGUUGAUAUCAAUGCAGUCGAUAAGGUUGGUUUGACUGUCCUUCACAAGGCCAUUGGUAAAAAGCAGGCCAUAACCAGCUAUCUUCUGAGAAACUCAGCUAAUCCUUUUGUACAGGAUAAAGAGGGGGCCACCUUGAUGCAUAUGCUGUCAAACAGGUUCUACCGAGACAAUUGAAUUACUCUUAUUCUAUAAUGUGGAUAUAAAUCUCAGGACAAGGAUGGCUGGACCCAUUACAUCUUGCAGUUCAAACUCAGAAACCCAUGAGUGAGGCUUCUGCUGCUUAAAGGUGCAGAUAAAACAUUAAGAAACAAGGUAUGAUUGUUGAAUUUUCCCAGUAAUAUAUAAAGGUUAAAGGACCUUGAUGCUUGCAUACUGUUACCUGAAUAUGGAUGUUAUGCGGACAAUCUGUAAAAGGAAUGUCAUUGCUAUUUAGACUGUUUCUCUUUGCCAUACCAACAACUAGGGGGUCAUCUGAAAUAAAGGCCAUUUUCAUAUCCAAACCCUGCGUCCACAAUGUAGAAACUGAAAUUCUAGAGUUUUCUGUAAACCAGGGAAACGUUUCCAUAGUCAUUAUAAAUUUAUUCAGUUUUUUGAAGACAAAGUUUCACAAUUUAUCUAGGGAUCGUAAACUUUUUCCAAUCUAAUGUUUGUUUGCUAAAUUUUACGUAGCUGUUUCAAAGCCUGGGUCAAGGACAUUAAGUUUUUCCAAAUCUUUAUGACAUGAUAGAAUAUAGUUUUAUUUUAAAUUUGGUUUUUUGUUUGAGCAUGAUCCUUUAAAUAACUGAACUUAAGAUAAGCAUGAAUGGUUCUGUUGCUUAUGUAAUUGUGGGAUUUCCUUCUUUUUGCUUAGCUUGGUUGAGGAUAGAGAAGAGUGUGGAAAAGAAAAUAUUGAAAGAAAUAGAGUGGGAAAAAAAGAAUGUUUGGUUGAAUUGGACUAAAGUGGAAAGAGAGAACAAAUGGAGUGAAAUUGUGAAGGUAUAUAUGUAUUUGGUUUGGAAGAAAAG